AUGCGAUCCCGAGGCUACCAAUUGAUCGUUCAUGUUGGUUUGUUGAGCGGUUGGUAUUCUGACUAUGUUCUUGAUCUGUUUAGCUCGCCUAAGCGUCGUAUGGAGACCGAUGUCAUGAAGUUGCUCAUGAGCGACUAUGAGGUCACAUUGGUGAACGGAAGCAUGCAAGAGUUUUAUGUGCGGUUUAAGGGACCCGAUGAGACUCCGUUCCAGUCCGGAAUCUGGAAAGUCCGGGUUGAGUUGCCUGAUCAGUAUCCGUACAAGUCGCCAUCGAUUGGCUUUAUGAACCGGAUUUUCCAUCCCAACAUUGACGAACUGAGCGGAUCUGUGUGCCUGGACGUGAUUAAUCAGACUUGGAGUCCUAUGUUUGCAGACAUGAUCAAUAUAUUCGAGGUGUUUCUUCCACAGCUUUUGCGGUAUCCGAACCCGACAGACCCGCUUAACGGAGAAGCGGCCGCAUUGCUGAUGCGAGAGCCAAAGGCAUACGAGAACCGAGUAAAGGACUAUGUGAACAAAUAUGCGAGCGCGGACGCGAUGGAGGAAGACAAGGAUGAGAGCUCAGACGACGAGGAAAUGAGCUCUGUGGGAUCUGCUGCUUAUGAUUCGGACGAGGAGCUGGCGGGUGCGAUGGAGGUCUAG